AUGUUUGUCAUCAAGCGAGACGGACGCAAGGAACGCGUACAGUUUGACAAAAUCACUGCUCGAGUCUCCAGGCUGUGCUAUGGCCUCGAUCCAGACCAUGUUGACGCAGCGGCCAUCACACAGAAGGUGAUCUCUGGUGUCUAUCAGGGAGUGACCACCGUUGAGCUCGACAACCUCGCCGCAGAGACUGCAGCAUAUAUGACAGUCACUCACCCCGACUACGCAGUUCUCGCAGCCCGUAUCGCAGUUUCAAACCUGCACAAGCAGACCAAGAAGCAAUUCUCCUCCGUCGUCUCUGACCUCUAUCACUAUGUCAAUCCCAAAAAUGACAAACCCUCCCCCAUGAUUUCCAAGGAGACCUACGAAUGUGUCAUGAGGCAUGCCGAUGAGUUCAACUCGGCAAUUGUCUAUGACCGAGACUUCAACUACCAAUACUUUGGGUUCAAGACGUUGGAGAGAUCAUACCUCCUCAAGAUUGGCAAGCAGGUCGCCGAGCGACCUCAACACAUGCUCAUGCGUGUGGCAGUCGGCAUCCACGGUGAUGAUGUUGAAAAGGCCAUCGAGACGUAUAACCUCAUGUCCCAAAAGUGCUUCACCCACGCUUCACCGACACUGUUCAAUGCCGGCACACCUCAACCUCAACUGUCCUCAUGCUUUUUGAUCGACAUGAAGGAAGACAGUAUCGAGGGCAUAUAUGACACCCUCAAGACCUGCGCCAUGAUCUCCAAGACAGCUGGAGGUAUUGGUCUCAAUGCUCAUUGCAUUCGAGCCACAGGAUCCUAUAUUGCAGGCACCAAUGGUACCUCUAAUGGCCUGAUCCCCAUGCUUCGUGUCUUCAACAAUACAGCACGCUACGUUGAUCAGGGCGGCAACAAGCGUCCAGGUGCCUUUGCUAUCUACCUCGAGCCAUGGCACGCGGACGUGUUCGACUUUCUGAACCUGAGAAAGAACCAUGGCAAAGAAGAGGUCAGAGCACGGGACUUGUUCUAUGCCUUGUGGACUCCUGACUUGUUCAUGGAACGUGUCGAGAAGAACCAGGAAUGGACACUCUUCUGUCCUCAUGAGGCACCUGGUCUCGCCGAUGUCUAUGGCGAUGAGUUCAAUGCCCUAUACGAGAAAUACGAGAGGGAGGGUCGUGGUCGCCAGACUGUCAAGGCUCAGAAGCUCUGGUAUGCUAUUCUCGAGGCACAAACCGAAACCGGUACGCCUUACAUGCUCUACAAAGAUGCCUGCAACAGAAAGAGCAACCAGAAGAACUUGGGUACCAUCCGGAGCUCCAACCUUUGCACCGAGAUUGUUGAAUACACGGCUCCCGAUGAGGUCGCCGUGUGCAAUCUGGCCUCCCUUGCUCUCCCGACGUAUGUGGAUCAAGCUCGAGGCGAAUACGACUUUGGCCGUCUUCAUGAGGUGGUUCAGGUCGUGACCCGCAACCUCAACAAGAUUAUCGACAUCAACUACUACCCUGUCCCUGAAGCGAAGAAGAGCAACUUCCGCCAUCGGCCAGUUGGUCUGGGAGUUCAAGGUCUCGCUGAUGCCUUCCUUGCUCUGCGUCUUCCCUUCGACUCUCCCGAGGCCAGGCAACUGAAUAUCCAAAUUUUCGAAACCAUCUACCACGCUGCUCUCACUGCUUCUUGCGAACUUGCUAAGGAGCAGGGACCAUACGAGACUUACGAGGGUAGCCCGGUCUCGCAGGGCAUUCUGCAAUAUGACAUGUGGAACGUCACUCCCUCUGAUUUGUGGGAUUGGGACGCGCUGAAAGCAGAGAUUGCCAAGUAUGGUGUUCGCAACUCUCUCCUUGUGGCGCCGAUGCCUACAGCCUCGACGUCGCAAAUUCUCGGCAACAACGAAUGCUUCGAGCCAUACACGUCGAAUAUCUACUCUCGUCGUGUUCUGGCGGGAGAAUUCCAAGUUGUCAACCCUUGGCUGCUGAAGGAUCUCGUCGACUUGGGUCUGUGGUCCGAUAACAUGAAGAACCGAAUCAUCGCCGAAGGCGGUUCCAUUCAGAAUAUACCCAAUGUGCCCGCGGACAUCAAGGCUCUUUACAAGACUGUAUGGGAAAUCAGCCAGCGGACCGUGCUGCAAAUGGCGGCGGAUCGUGGUGCAUUCAUCGAUCAGUCUCAAUCCCUCAACAUCCACUUGAAGGAGCCAACCAUGGGCAAGAUUACGAGCAUGCACUUUGCAGGCUGGAAAAUGGGCCUCAAGACCGGCAUGUACUACCUGCGUACCAUGGCGGCCACACAACCUAUCCAAUUCACUGUCGACCAAGAGCAGCUGAAGGUUGCAGACACCAACACUGCUCGAGAACGAUCGGCACCAAAGAAACGUACCUCUCUUGGUUUCGCGGCCAGUGUGAGCAAUUAUAACUCGGUUCCGAGACCGAUGUACCAAUCCAAGACAAGCAGCUUCAGUGGUAACCCAACCACAUCGAUGAACGGAAUCCCAACACCAACCUCUACGCCACCUCCAGGCAGUGAACAUAAGCAAGUUGGGCUGAUGACUCAAAAACUUGCAAAGACUCAUCUUGGUGGAAGUGGCGACUCCAGCGAGGAGCCAUCCCCCAAAGUACUGCCUACUGAUCCUAUCGGCCUGCCACCUACCAUGGCUGACGAGAGCCUUGAAAGCCGGAUGAGGGGCAAGCAAGAGGAAGACAAGGAGAGCGAGAGUGAAGAAAGGGAAGAAGAUAUCUAUGCACAAAAGGUGCUUGCCUGUGAGUACACCACCCCGUCUCUCUGA